CUUCGAAGCUCUCUUUAAAAAAUAUAUAUAAUUUACUUCAGAAACCCAAAUCUCCGGUUCGCCAGUUUUCUUCAAAGAAACUCACUUUGUGUUUUCUUACUAACAAUAAUAAUUAUUUGUUGUUUAAAUUUUGGGACAUAAUGUAGUCUGCCAUGAAAGUUUCAUCUCCAAUAAUAUUUCCCAUAAAUUCAACACCAAAAUUGAAAAAACUUAACAAAAUUUCUUAUGGUUUGGGAUCCAAUGAAUACAACUCGAUCUCUAAAAUCUGCACUGUUUCAUCUUCUUCUUCUUCUUCUUCUCAUGAGGCUGAGUCAAGGGCAGUGGGAGAUGCACACAGACGACGGAGCAGUCUUGAAUCUUUAUUUUGUUAUGAUAAACCUAUUCCCGAGGAAAGAAUCGAAGAACCAGUUGGGGUACAUCUGGCUGAAAAAAUAGUUGGAGAUAAUCCCUGUUGCAUUGAUUGUCAGGCCAAAGGUGUUGUCCUUUGUUCCACUUGCUCUGGUUGCGGAUUAUAUGUGGACUCGAUAUUAGAAAGCCAGGGUAUCAUUGUCAAAGUUCGCUGCCUAGGUUGUGGAGGAACCGGCAAUGUUAUGUGCUCGGAGUGCGGUGGCCGAGGUCAUCUAGGACCGAAAUAAUUUGACGUCGGCCUCUUUACCUCAGUAAAUUUGUUUUGGCCUUUAUAUGUAGCAUUUACACAUUGGAAUUUCAUUUCUUCUAGUCAUGUAGUUCAUGAUAAAAGAAAAUUAAUGAUUUAGUUUGAUUC